AUGAAGCAAUUGGAUGGUUAUAAACAAACAGAAAAUAUAAACAAUGCUUCAACCUCAUCUUCGACAACAAAUAAAAUUAAUCAACAAAAUGACCAUUUAAUAGAAGGAAAUAAGGACGAAGAAGAAGAAUUAAUAAUAAAAAGACCUAGACGUGAUGAAAUAGCUUUACUUUUGGCUGAUGAGGAACAAGAAGAAAGUAAGCAAAAAGAAGAAACUCAAAUUGGUGGUUCUGGUAAAGAUGAUGAUUUGGCAUUACAAAGUUCUCUAAAAAAUCAACAACAAUUGGAAGAAGAUGUAGAAGAAGAAGAAGAAGUUUUUGUAUUUGUUCAAGGAGAACGAUUUCGUGUUGAUGAUAUAAACGAAGCUUUAUUGGCAAAAAUGAGUGAACAAGAAAAAUCUGAUUAUUGUGAACGAAUGCAAAAUGCUUAUGCUGAUUUUUAUUGAGAACAAUUUUGAAGGGGAUUUUUUAAAUUUUAACGGGUUAUUUUUUUUGAUUUUUUUGUUGAGAUUAUUUUUGUGUUGUGGUGGAUGUCUGGCCAACGAAGAAAGUGCUUUUCCUCCUUGAGAACGGGAAAAAAAUUUUUUUUGAGAAAUUACAAACCUUAAAAUUGUACCCAGCGCCGGACAUAUCUUCUGCCCGGAGUUUUUCGUAGAGUAGCACGAG